UUCUCUAUUAAAGAGUUCCUUCGUAAUUAGAAAGAGAAAGUAGGGCAGGCUAGACAUGUCAACAAUGGAAUGAGUACAGAGUUGAGAACUAUGUCAACAACAUCUGUCUUAUUCUCACUGGAAAAAUCUGUACCAAUAUGUCGGAUUCAGUUAUACAGGGAUGUUGUCAGUAAGAAGAAGUAUGGUCCAGUAUUCCAAGUGUGGAUCAGUCCUGGUCACACAUUUGUUUCUGUUCGGAAUGGAAUCCAGCUCUUCACAUUUGACACCAAAAAUACAACACAGGAUGAAAACAAAGGCUGCCUUGAUCUACAAAACUUAGAUUCGCCCAUUCUUGAUAUCUUAUCAUCAGAUUCCAGACAAUCUGCUUAUAUUGUACAACAGAAUGGAAAUGUUCAGGGCUGGAAAUUCCGUGCAGACAGAACAUGGAUUUUAGAACAGGAGUUUAAUUUAUGCAACAGUAAUAGGUCAGAGGUCACAAGCGUGUGUCUCCACCCUGUACAUAGCGCCAUUUACUGGUGUGAAAGGAGAGGGACUUCCAACUCCGAACAACCUAUUUAUUGUAUAUGUAGACGAAAGGUCACAAAUGAUGGUGAGAGCCUAUCUGAGCGAGAGCUUGGCCCUGUCGAAGCCAUCAUGCACAAUGUCUGUCUCUGUCGUCUGCAUCCCAUAAUGCAUGGUAUUGCCAUCAUCAUCAAAAGUAAACCUCCUCUUGUUUCCAUGGUUAUAUUUUGGAAUCAAUCCACUAACACAGUCACCAUGUAUUCCGGUCCUUACACAUUGUCGGUGGAAAAUCCUAGCUCGACGCUGGCUUUCGAUUUCACCUCUCUCGCAUUCAGGUUCAUCAACAUCAGUAUUCAGGUGAGAGAUAAAUACAGGAUGAUUGGCUGUGCUUACAAUACUCAGAAGAUGGAGGUGACGGUUAUUGAGGACAGUGGCAUCGUCAGGAGAUUCUCGGAUGGGAGAGAUAAACUGGUUGAGUUGAAACUCGACGUUAGUACGGACAGUAUCAGAGAGGGUAGAUGGUUAUGUCAUAAAGAUACUCUUGGAUUUCUUGGAAAAUCUAAUCUACUGUUAUUUGACCUAAACUCAGGGAGACUGGUAUGCCCAGUCACACCACCAGGUGUCCUUGAGGGUGUGUGCAGUGGCAGCUCUGCCUCUGUGGCUCCAGCUGUGCAUACUGAAAACAAUAUAUACAUUGUCAUGAAGCAUAGACAGAAGGAGGAGUGGGACCUAAAAACAACUUUGUCCUCCAAGGCCUUCCAAACAACAGCACUCCAUAUAGCUCACCUAGAACAGGAGAAAACAGAAAAUCCCACCACAAGCGUUCAGAAAAAACUGUCGGAGCUACAACAGGCAUGGCUGGAGGGGCAGAAACCAGCCACUAAACUAGCGGAGAUCGUUGGGCCAUAUCUAGAGGAGUAUUGGAAGUUAGAAAACAUCCCUACCUAUUCAUUUCAGCCCUCUAGCUCAGCUUGCCCCGCCUCCGUGGAGGAGGAGGUGCUCCACAUACUGGACCCUAAAUCCAGCCUCCCGAUGUCUGGUCGCCAUGCACGGCUUCUCACCGUGGCUCACUCUCACCCCAAACAAGUGCUGGGUGUCCUCGAAUCCCAGAUGGAGUUUGACACAGAUGACAUCAGUCCAGCCCAGAUACAGAGAUGGCAGUGUAUCCUGGCCCCUGACACAUCCACUAGUCCGGUCAGCAGUGAUGUUGCCGUACCAAUGUUUGAGCACAUAUGUCGUCUGUUGUAUCAGCUACAACCAAAAAAGCUGAAGCAGUUUGUGAAGAUAUGCCAAAUGAUCAAUGACCAAAAAGUGGGAGUGUCUGCAUUUAUCAGGAAACGACAGGCUAUUCAGUAUUACGAGCGAGCUGUGGCCUGUAUACAGGAUGUAGAAGAAGCAGUUACUUCCCCUGACUCCGCCCAAGCCUUCGUUUCACUGCUGCUGGCCAGCAAACAAGAGAAAUGCGAGAUAAAGGCCCUAAGGUUUUACCUGGACCACAGACACUGGGAGCUGGCUCUAGACUUGGUCCGCGACUAUUGUGACAACUCGCAACUACACUUCAAGCUCUUCUACUGCCUUAUAGAUAGGAUGAACAAGGAGAAUGUCUUGACGGACUAUGCAGUGGCAGCGUUUUCCUUAAUGCCAAACAUCAGAAGUUUUUCCUCUGUGACCCAACUUAUCUCCCCUCAAGAAGUUUGGACUGCCUCGGAUGUUUUCUCAUCUAGCUGUGUUCCAAUUGGACAAAUUAAAUCAAUAUUACAAAGGAAACUAUUGGAUGAGAGCCCCACAGACAACCCAGAGGCAGACGAUGAUUUAUCUAGAGCUGUACUAGAAAGCCAAAAACAGCAGUCUCUGCUUCCCCUGGUUAAACAAGAAUUGAAAUAUAAAAUUCGUUACAAGAGGCUUUCGGAGGGCAAAGAGGAGUUUGUUCCAGACGAACCCAAACCGACAAGUUACGAAUUAACCGAGUACGAGAGGCAAAAAAUCGAAGAGCGGAGACGACAAAACAGACAGUCAGCUCAGCGUUCUCGGAAAAAGUCCGAGGAUUACGAAGAAAAUCUGAAGAAGCAAAUAUAUGAAGCACGAACUAAUGCUACCGGGAAAGUGAACACCCGCCAAAUCAGAGGAGCAUUCACACGCUGGGUGAGGUCAAACUCAUCCGAACGCAUCCACACUGGUGGCUUCUUGUGUCUAGUAGACCUUCUAACUUCUGGUGGUGAUAACGAUUGUGAUGAAUUGUCUUCAGGUACAUCUUCCUGGGUCUCAUCUGGAUUGCCAUCAUUCACUUUAAUUUCUGAACUCUCAGAAUGGUGUCAAAAUGCAGGGUAUGCCCUAAGAAGAUUUUCAGUGUGUUCUGUUCUUCAAGAUAACUCGAGUGAUUUAGACAAACUGCUCCAAAACAGAACCCCCAGAGACAAAACUCAAAAUGAUAGAUUCAGAUUUAACAGAAGCGACGGGGGAUAUUUAAAUGAUGAUCGCGUCAGGAAGCACUUUGGUCACCAAGACGAUCCAUGGAAUGAUUUUUAUGGUGUAGCACCUAAGGAACGCCAAGAGUUUUCUGAGGUGGAGAAAAACUUUUACUUGGAACAUGAAGCUAUCCGAAACAUGAAAGAGGAGGAAGUGAAGGCGUUCCAUGUGAAAAACAAUGUUAAGGUGUAUGGGGACGUGCCUCGGCCUGUGUUUGACAUAGACCAUGUGAAUUUUCCAGAGGAAAUGAAGGCAGUAUUAACUAAUCAAGGGAUCAACACCCCCACACCAAUACAGUCCCUGAUGUGGCCAAUAGCUCUGUCUGGUUUAGACAGUGUGGGCAUUGCUCAAACAGGGUCCGGAAAAACACUAGGGUUUAUGUUACCAGCAAUAGUGCAUACAUUGAACCAGAAAAUGGCCAGUGGAGGAUACCCAAGGAGUGCUAGGGUUCUAAUUAUGUCACCGACAAGGGAACUAACUCAGCAGAUUGCGUCCGUCUCGAGACCAUACUGUUCUCCGUACAAGUUAUGGACUGGAUGUAUUUUUGGAGGAGCUUCCAAAUCGAGACAGCUACAGCAACUUCUAGGUGGUGUAGAUAUCAUUGUUGCCACCCCUGGGAGGUUGUUGGAUAUUCUAAAUGAGCACAACAGAAUGCUGGACAAUGUGACAUACGUAGUGUUAGACGAGGCCGACAGAAUGCUGGAUAUGGGAUUCGAACCUCAGAUAAGGAAGGUUAUGAAUUAUCUAAGUCCUUUCAGACAAACCACCAUGUGGAGUGCUACAUGGCCGACUGAAGUGAAAACUUUGGCCCAAGACUUCAUGUCCAACAACGUCCAGGUACAUGUGGGGGAGUAUGACCUAAACAUCAACAAAAACAUCACCCAGAAGGUGGUCCUGGUGGAGGAUGAACGCGAUAAACUUUUCAAAUUUGUGGAUGAGAUGAAGCUAGUACUGCAGGAACCCAACUCUAAAGUGCUGAUGUUCACCAACACUAAAGCUAAGGCAGACAACAUGGCAUUCAAGUUGAAAAAAGCUCUCAAGCAAAAUAUAAAGGCCAUACAUGGGGACAUCAGCCAGAUAGGUAGAGACAGUGCAUUGAGAGACUUUAAACUUGGAACAGCACCAAUUUUAGUUGCAACUGAUGUUGCAGCAAGGGGAAUAGAUGUGAAUGAUAUAACACAUGUCGUGAAUUACGACUUUCCGCUUGACUUGACAAAUUACGUCCACAGAGUGGGGCGGACAGGAAGAGCGGGCCGUAAAGGCGAUGCCAUCUCCUUCUUCUCUCUGCACGAUCAGCGUAGUAACGUGGGAAAACUAGUCGACAUACUCAGGGAGAGCAACCAGGAUAUUCCUGACGAACUUUUAGAAGCAAGCGAAAUGAGCAGGAGAAACCCCAGAAGUAGAUCGUUUUCUACGUUCAGAGAUAACAAAAGCCGUUACCAUGGAAGCGGGGGUAGGGCGUCUACUUACUUCAGAGACAGAGAAAGCAGUGGUCACCACAACAGGAGCAGACACAGGGAUGGAGGGAGCUUUAGGUGGAGAGAUUACGAAGAAUGACCUCAGCUGACUUGGGGAACACAUUUAUGAGCUGUGUGAAGAAUAUCAAAUAUACAAUGCACAUAACUACAAUUUUCGACUACAUAAGAUGCAAAAAACUGUGAACUUACCAUUCAUUGUGUGGAUUUAUUUGAUAACUAUUGUCGUUAUUGUGAACUCGACAACUGAGACGAGAUGUUCUUUGUUGUGCCGUUGAACUGCACACAAUAUGGAGACACAUUUCGGAGGUGGACAUUAUGGAGAAGUAAACAGAACAAGAUGAUUGGACCGUCAGAUACAACUGUUACUAUUAUUAGAUGAGUAACGUGCCCAUCAAAUUGUCACGGUCUUUGUACAACAAGUGUGAUGUUGUAAUGUUCGAAAUUUAAAAAAUUUUGGGGGGAAAAUGCAGUUUUGUGGAAUCAUGAACAAAAAAUCUAAAAAAAAUUAAGCAAAAAACUUAACAGUGUGGUAAGGGACACAGAUUGCCAGCUGAGUGACUUAAUCCACAGAGAUAACCAGGCAGGAGAUGUAGUUUUAAAAAGGGACAAAAGAAUAUACAAUAUACAUGUAUUUGUAAUUCAAUGUUUGUCUCCUUGAUGUAUAUUGUGAUCUUUUAUUCCUUGACAAAGACUUAUACAUGUAUAUUGUUCUAAAUACAAUAGCUUGCAAAUCCAUUAAGAUGUUAACAUAUUUAUUUUUUUUUAAAUUGAAAAUAUUUCUUUUGUGAUUUUGCUGUAUAAUUCAAAGUUCUUCAUACAUGUAGAUUGAUUUCAAUCAUUACCGAUACUAAUUAUGUUUAUAUUCUUUUAUAGUUUUCAACAAUAAUAAUAAUAUAUUACACAUGUGUAAAAAAGUUAAGUCUGUCACAACAAACAUGGCAAAUUGUUCAUUUGUCUCACCAGUCUUAUUUGACGCUUACUUUUUUUCACAUUAUCACCAGUGUGAGACCGACAUUACCCAUGUGAGAUUUUUCUGUCUUACACUGCUACAACAUCAUUGAUUAUGACGUCAAGCAUUUUCUAUGAUUUAUGUUACAUGUAGAAGUAAAAUGCUUUUUGAGGGGCAUUCUUGGGUUUAAAUGCACUAAACUGUAGAUGAAAUGUGAGAAAAAUAAUCCUUCCAUUAUUUACUUGUGUGCGAUAUGGAAAUUCCACCAAGGGAACAAGAUAUAAGCUGUUUGGGACUCGGCAAUGCCUUUCCUUAUCCCACACUUGUACUAAUGAAGGAUUUUAUUAUUCUCACAAUAUACACAUGCCACUGGUGGAUUUGUUGACAUAAUUGGAAUUCAUUACAAGAUUUUACUUCUCUUUGUUAUUUUUACAACCCAUUGUCUGUUACUUGAAGUUAGGAGAAGGCUAUCUAAGUUUAUGAACUUGUGCCUAAUCCUUUUGAUGUUUAAUGUCAAUAAAAUGUGUUCAAUUUAA